AAAUAAAGGUCAACCUACGACCGGCUUUAUCACCACGACGGAUAUUUGACAAUGUCGGGUCCGACCAGAUACAGUCGAUACACGGUUGGAUGGAUCUGCGCCAUACACAAAGAAUAUGUUGCCGCCAAGGCAUUUCUCGACGAAGAGCACGACAGACCGCAGACCGUAGCUCCAAACGACAUCAACGCCUAUACGUUAGGGAAGAUUGGAGAACACAACGUGGUAAUCUCAGCCUUGCCCGACGGUGAGUACGGCACCAGCGCCGCCGCUAUAGUGGCAACGAAUCUAGUACGGACCUUCCACAAUGUACGAAUCGGCUUCAUGGUCGGUAUUGGGGGUGGGGUGCCGAGUGCAGAAUGUGAUAUUCGCCUUGGCGAUGUUGUUGUCGGCUCACCUAGUGGCGGGCACACGGGCGUUUUCCAGUAUGACUUUGGGAAAGCCGUGCAGGGCCAGGGGUUCCAGUACACUGGCUCCAUGAACCUACCGCCACAGGCAGUGCGCACGCAUAUAACAGACCUUCGAGCGCAAUAUGACCUGCACGGGAGCAAUUUAGAUGCGUCAAUAAAUGCAGCAUUGGAUAGGUUCCCCCGACUUCGCAACGGCUACAAGCGUCCUUGCCCUGGUCAGGAUAGACUGUACCAGAGCUGGGUGGUCCACGGUGAAACCUGCUGUCAGGGCUUAGACGAACACGAUGAAUCGAAGCUGAUUCUCCGCAACCCGCGUACAAAGGAGAAUGAUAACCCUGCAAUACACUACGGUCUCAUUGCUUCCGGGAACCAGCUAAUGAAAGACGCAACUCUUCGGGACGCGAUGUCGAGGGAGCAUAAGGUCCUUUGUUUCGAGAUGGAGGCCGCAGGGAUGGUAAACUCUUUUCCCUGCUUGGUAGUUCGAGGUAUCUGUGAUUAUGCAGACUCCCAUAAAAACGAUCGAUGGCAAGGAUAUUCCGCGAUGGCUGCAGCAGCGUUUGCAAAGGAUCUCCUUAAGCAGAUCCCGGUUGAAGUAGUUAAUGAGGAGAAAGCCAUUGCUGAUAUUCUGUCCGACGGUCAGUCUCGUCCAAGCGAAUAUCUACGAUCUCGUAGUAACAAUAAAUAGUUGAAAAUACCCUGAAACAUAUCCAGACUGUAACUGAUACUAAUACGGCCACUGUCGAGGCCAUGAGU